AUGGGAAAAGAUGAUGAUGCAAAAUCGUCAAACACAAACAUGACGAAGAAAGAUCCUGUGUAUCACCUAGGAUCAAGUGAUGGUCCGGGUGUUAUUAUUACCCCGAUCAUAUUGAAAGGAACUAACUAUGUUGAAUGGGCUAGAGCCAUUGGAAGAUAUUUGAAAGCAAAGCGUAAGUUUGGCCUUGUUGAUGGAACAGUGAAGAAACCUACUGGAGAUGUUGAUCAGGUGGAAGAAUGGAGUGUUGUACAUUCUAUGAUUGUUUCAUGGAUUACUAAUACCUUAGAUUCUUCUAUCAGAUCAACGAUGAGAGAUUAUGAUGAUGCAAAUACACUCUGGACUCACUUGAAGAAUAGGUUUUUUGUUGUUAGUGGAACCAGAACUUGCCAACUCAAAUCUUCUUUGAGCGAGUGCAAGCAAGGAAAUUCUGAACCUGUAGCUGUGUACUUUGGAAGGCUUAAUAAAAUAUGGGAUGAAUUGAUCACAUAUAUGAAGACACCAAGAUGUAGUUGUGACAAUAUGUAUGGGUCAAUUCGUGAACAAUUAUUGGCAAGAGAUCCACUGCCAACGAUUGAUGCCGCAUACCAAGCUGUAGUGAAUGCUGAGCGCUUGAGAAUAGGAGAGGUUUGUAACCACUGUCAUCAAGAUGGACAUACAGAAGAAGGAUGUUUUGAAUUAAUUGGAUACCCGUACUGGUGGGGAGAUAGACCACGAGGUGGGUUUGUUUCUGGUAGAGGAUCUGGUAGAGGUAACAUAGGUGGUGGUAGAAAUAAUCCUGGUCGUGGUGGUUUUGCAUAUGGAAGAGGUAGAAGAGGUAACAACACCAAUCCCGUUCGUGCCAAUAACUUGAGUAUGGCGGCUAGUCAACAGUCGAAUACCAGUGCAGGACCUACAGAUGGAGCAGGAUUAGUUGGAGUGACAACAACUCAACUUCAAAAAGAAAUUAAAAAUUGUUCAGUUGGUCUACUAGAUGGAAAGACAGCAAAUUCUGAUAAGAUUGGAACCAUUAUUCUUCCGGGUGGUUUAAGGCUUGAAAAUGUCCUUUAUGUGCCUCAGUUAAAUUGUAACUUGAUCUCAGUCACUCAGAUGACUGAUGAGUCUAUUUGUGUUGUGCAGUUUACUAACAAAUUAUGUGUUAUACAGGACCUGUGGACGAGGAAGGUGAUUAGAGUGGGUGUGAGACAAGAUGGACUAUAUUUCUUUUGUGGAGUUCCUCCAGUUAAAGUGUUAGCAGUUGGUAGGGAUUCAUACGAGCUGUGGCAUCAACGAAUGAGACAUCCUUCAGAGAAAGUGUUGCAGAAAAUACCAGUUUGUUUGGAUUUAUGGGGGCCUUACAAGACACCAUCGUCUUGUGGAGCUCACUACUUCUUAACAAUAGUAGAUGAUUUUUCAAGAGGAGUUUGGAUUUAUUUGUUGAGAAAUAAAACAGAAGUUGAAUCAAUGUUUCUUAACUUUAUUGCUCUUAUUAAACGUCAAUUUGGCAAAGAAAUCAAAUGUGUUAGAAGUGAUAAUGGAACAAAAUUUAAUUCUUUGCGUGAGUACUUUAAGUCUAAUGGUAUAAUAUUUGAGACAUCUUGUGUUGGUACACCUCAACAAAAUGGAAGAGUUGAGAGAAAACAUCAACAUAUUAUGAAUGUGGCGAGAGCAUUAAGAUUCCAAGCUAACUUGCCAAUAAAAUUUUGGGGAGAAUGUGCGUUAACUGCAGCGUACUUGAUUAAUAGAACGCCAACACCUUUACUUGGGAAUAAAACACCAUAUGAGAUUAUGUUUGGAAAAUUGCCUCAAUAUGAUCAGUUGCUUGUGUUUGGGUGCUUGUGUUAUGUACAUAAUCAAAAUAACAAAGGUGACAAAUUUGCUAGUAGGGGAAGAAGAUGUGUGUUUCUCGGAUAUCCCUUUGGUAAAAAGGCUUGGCAAGUGUAUGAUUUGGAUACACACCAAUUCUUAGUAUCUAGAGAUGUGGAUUUUUACGAACUGCAGUUUCCAUAUGUUGAGAUAAAAGAUGAACAACUUCCCAAUAAUGCAACAAUGAGUAAUGAAGCAUGUUGGAGUGAUGAUGAGGAUGUGGAGGAGUUACCAUUACCUAGAAGUGUAACUGAACCUCCAGAGAAAGUGGUGAAGAUAUACAUGAUAGCUCUUCACGACCAACAGAAAGAGUAG